AUGCAAAUUGCUUUCAAUGUGGAGUUGCGCGACACAGAGUGGACCAAGGGAUCAUGGCUUCGAAGCCGACGCUGGGGAUCUGUUUUGCGAGCCUUCUUGCAAGAGCCAGAACAAGCAGGUUCUGGCUUCGAUGCCGACGCUGGGGAUCUGGCGGCGUUUUUCGAGCCUUCUUGCAAGAGCGAGAAGGAGCAGGAGCAGGAAACCCCUUCCAUGUGCAGUUCGUCUGUGCAACCGUUGCAGUUGCAGGAACCCAGUUCCGAGUUCAGAGCCAUUGCUGAGCGUUCCCUCAGCCAGACGCGGACGAGCCCUUCGGAGCAGAGUUCACCUGCGGCCACAAGUCCAAGUCCGGCCAAAAGGCCCAAGCUGGCCCUCACUGCCGCCGCCGAAGCACAGCUGCGCUUGCAGGACUUCCUUCAGGAUAGCGACGAUUCGGACUCGGACUCGUCCGAUUCCCUGCGCGACAAAGAAAGGCUUCUGCGCCGCUAUUCGCAGGAAGAGCAGGAGCUGAGCCAAGACAGCGACAGCGAGGACAGCGACAGCGAUUCUCGUCCGCCCUCGAAGCAGGCCUUGACCGCCGAAGCACAGGUGCGCGAACGGCGCCUGUUCUCCGACAGCGACGAUUCGGAUGCGGACGAGUCCGAUUCCCCGCUCGACACCGAUAUUAGAAUAAAGGACUGUAUAUUCGGAUCACCCUUUUGUAUGCUAAAGCUCAAGGAUCUGUGUAGUCAACAUAAGAGAAUGAUGUGGGACAGAAUGUAA